AAUUACCCUGACGAGACCUUGAUGCCUGGCAAGCUGUGUCCCUCUCUCUCUCGCACCAAAGGCAUUCACGAUCUGAGCCACCAACAUCGUGCCAAUCUCAUCAACCACCUCAAGGCAGGCACCCUCACCAUCCGAGCAGUGGUGAGCAAUGCUGCUCGUAUACGUCUCACUACCUCAAAGGACCCUGUUAUAAUUGGAGAUGCCCCCUCAGCUUGCUCUAUGCACUCCCAUGGGCAAUGUGCAUUUGCUGAUGGUCGCAUUGACAGAAAGGGUCUUCCU